AUGUCUUCACUGCUAGUCAUUACUGGGCUGCAGGUGAGCGUUCAGGCCGGAGAAACACGACCUGAGCAAAGCUUUAGCAGACAUUACAAAUCGGAGCUGGAUGUGGGGAAUGGAGGGAGAUGGGGGUCGUGGGGUCAGAGGAAAAUGUGUCCAACUGGAACGUACGCCGCAGGGUUCAGUCUAAUGGUGGAAGAUCCCAUUGAAGGGGAUGACACCGCACUCAACGGGAUUCGCCUUCACUGCAUUGAUAAAGCCUCAAACUCACAUCAUGACUACGCCUCAGUUCAGUCAGAUGUAGGCAGCUGGGGUCGGUGGACAGAUAUCAAAUGGUGUCCUUUUGGAUUCUUGACUGAUUUUCAGUCAACGUUCAAAUGCAGUCGAGGGUCUUUCCUGUUGGGUGACGGCACACACUGGGGCAACUGGGGCGACUGGGGCGACUGGGGCGACUGGAGUCAAACAUGUGAAGGAAAAGAGAUUUGUGGUAUCAAAGCACAGGUAGAAGAGCCACAGGGAUUUGGAGACGACACCGCUCUCAAUGACGUGCGCAUGUUCUGCUGCAAUUAA